AUGAGUCUUUGGGAAGAGCAAGAAAAGGCUUCUGACAACAAUGUCAGCCCUACAGCACUUGUGCCUAUAACCAAGCCGCAAGACUGGGUCAUUCAAGACUAUCAAUACGAAAGAGCUCUUGAGAUGGACUACGUUCCUAAUCUUGAUGAUGAAAGAAAAAGUGCAUUUUGGAAGUUAAAGGUCAUUCCAGCCAUCACUCGCUCACUCACACAGGACGUCAAAGCACGAAAUACCUUAAUUCAUGCGAUGGCUUCCGUACGUGAUCUUGCUACCACUAUUCAGCAAGCGGCUUCAAUCGUAAAAAGUACACAUGGUUCACAAAAAGCCAUCGAAAUAGCUCAAACGAAGAUUCCGGAAGCGUUGAAAGUUCUAGAGGAAGCAAUUGACACGGCCAAGUCCUUAGAAAACUCGUCCGUAGCAUUGUUUGAAGAGCAUGCGAAAGAGUUCUUAGAAAUAAUCGGUCCUAAAGGUGCCGAUUUUGCUAAGCAAAAAGAGGAAAUUGAAACACAAAUCCUUCUGUUAGAAAAGAGAAAGGAGGAAGUUAUAGAUGAACUCGCUAGUCACAAAGGCAAACUUGAAAAGUACAGUAAUUUGGUGCAUGUAGCCCAGGCACGCGUAAGCGGCUCCGAUGAUGCAUUGAAAGAAACGCGGAUACGCUAUCAAAAGAUGCAGAAACUAAACGAAGAGGCGGAAAACUCGGUGAAAGCCAUUCCUGAUACAGUGACGCAAACUACUACAACCGAAUAUUCGCCGUACUAUCGACGAUGGUGGUGGUGGUGGGGAGAAAGCCGUACCAGGACCACAACGGUGACACAAAAGAAUUACUAUGAAGGUGUGAUUGCUGCUCGAGCGUUACGAAUCAAAGAGAGUCAAGGUGAUGUCAAAGACCAGAGUGCAGCAGUACAAACACAAAAGGAAGAUCUAGCUGAAGUUCAAGGACAGUUUGAAAGUGCUCGUAUCAAGUACGAAGAAGCACUUAAAAAGUUCCCAGAUCAGAUCAAACACUUUCAAGAUCAGAUUGACAUACAACGCAGCAAGAUUAAGGAUCUAGACAAGGACUGUGAACAAGUGGAAACAACCAUUGGGCUUAGAGUGAAAAUGGCUGGAAGUUAUAUUUACGAUCCAUAUUCAAGCGAUGAUGAUUAUAAUAAAUACUACAAACAGUUUGAAUUUUCCUAUACAGACGCGAUCAGACAUUGGCAAAAAUUGACGGAAAAUGAUAAAGAGUUAUUGGAAGCAGAAUAUGCGGUUAGUACAGUUAGUGUUGUAAACUUGAUCACAGCAGUUUUGUUACAAUGCAAAGGCUAUAAAUCACCUACAUUUCUUGCUGCUCAAGGACCAACCAAACGAACGAUGGACGAUUUUCUUCGCAUGAUAGUGGAAAAAAAAAUCGAUAUAAUUGUUAUGUUGUCAUACACGUAUGAUCCAUUGGUUCAGAAGUACAGUGUGAGUGAUGCUUAG